AACACUUAAAAUGAAUAAAUUAAUGCCAAGACCUCAUCAUCUGAGGUCUUCACCACGAUGAAAUAUCCCAAAUUCCCCAAAAAAUUUCUCCUCCUCCUCCUCCUCCUCAUCAUCUUCCUCUCAAUUAAUUUUCCGGCGGGAUCUCUCGCCCAACCCAACGGCGCCGGCGACGGCGACUGUGGGAAGCCAUUCGACUGCGCCAACAAAUACAACCUAACCUAUCCCUUCUAUGACGCAACCACCGCCGAUCUGCCGAGCAUAAAGCUCUGCGGCCACCCAAGCUUCGCCCUCCAGUGCGACGGCGCCGGCGACCCUUUCCUCAGUUCCUCACAGGUAACCUACCGGCUUCUCAACGUCAGCUUCCUCAAUCACACUCUCAAACUCGCCAGAGAUGACCUAUCCAUCGACGUCUGCCGGGGCCGGGGGGAUCGCGCCAUGGACACCAUUUUCGACCCCAAUUUCUUCCAAAUCUCGCCGGAAUCCGACGCCGCGGGAAACAUCACUCUUUACUACGACUGUAGCUCCGUCGGCGGCCGGAGUACGAUUCUCAAUCAAUUUUCCUGCAACUCGAGCGACGGAACUGAGACCGUGAAUUUCUUCUGGGUUAGGAAUGGUUAUAAUUCGUCGGCCGGCGGCGCCGCCUGCAGGCGACGGAUAACGGUGCCGGUGGACGGGGCGGCGGCGCGUGCGCUGUACAGGAAUUCGUCGAGAGGUGCUUUGCAAGCUGCUGUGCGGGAUGGGUUUUUUGUCCGAUGGUCGGCCGAUAAUGACGCGUGCGGCGAGUGCUCCAGACUCGGCGGCGCGUGUGCAUACAAAAUCAGUCACUCUACAGUGCCGACGGCGAAUGGGUUUUACUGUUCCAAGCCCUCACUCAACAAAAACAAAAACGUUAACCCACGCGCCAAAAAACAAUUACCAACGGGUUUGUAUAGAGCUCCAACGGCUGCUCCUGACCACCCGUUUCAAAGCAGCAAUGCCUCAAAUUUGGUCCCAAGUCAGAAGCACAGACAGCCUAACCAAACGAGGAUUAAAUUAGGGUUGGCAUUUGGUGCAAUUGGUUUAAUUUUAGCAUUCAUUCUUGUUUCAACAUGGUGUUGGAAAUCAAGAUAUUUUCCUCAUGCAAUGGCAAAUCCAAAUAUAGAAAAGUUUCUACAAGAAGAUGAAUCACUCACUCGACAAAGGUAUAGAUAUUCCGAAAUCAAGAAAAUGACGAGAAACUUUAAUGACAAGCUCGGUCAAGGAGGAUACGGUAGUGUCUAUCGAGGAAUGUUGCCCAACGGAUGCCUUGUCGCGGUCAAGGUUUUAGUCGAGAUGGAUAGCAACGACGAAGAAUUCAUCAAUGAAGUUGCGAGCAUUAGCCGAACUUCUCAUGUCAACAUUGUCCGUCUAUUAGGGUUUUGCUACGAGAAAAACAAAAGAGCUUUAGUCUACGAAUAUAUGCCCAAAAAAUCAUUGGAUAAGUACAUUGGAGAUCCAAACACAAACCUCGACGUGGAGACAUUGUACAAGGUUGCCCUAGGGGUCGCCAAGGGUUUGGAAUAUCUACACCGAGGUUGCGCUACAAGGAUCAUCCACUUCGACAUCAAGCCACAAAACAUUCUUUUGGACGAGAAUUUGUGUCCAAAAAUAUCUGAUUUUGGGCUCGCCAAAUUGUGUAAGAGGAAGACAAGUAUAUUCUCGGUGUUUGGGACAAGAGGCACCAUUGGAUACAUCGCUCCCGAGGUAUUCUCCCGAAAUUUUGGAGGAGUUUCUGACAAAUCCGAUGUCUAUAGCUAUGGAAUCAUGAUUCUUGAAAUGGCCGGAGCAAAGGAAUUUUCGAAAGUUGAUGUGGUCCAAUCAAGUGAGAAUUAUUUUCCGGAUAAGAUCUAUGAACAAACGAUACUCCCCGAUUGUCUUGAUAGAGAACCUAUGGAUUGUAAUGAAUCCAUGAUUGAGGAUGUUAAGGACGAGAGAUCGAGGAAAAUGUUUCGCGUAGGAUUUUGGUGUAUACAGACAAUGCCAUCGGAUAGGCCAUCGAUGUCUAAGGUUGUCGAAAUGCUUGAAGGAAAGCUUGAAUCGAUACAUAUCCCUCCAAAGCCAUAUUUGUUUAGUCCUAGACAAUUGCGACACAAAUUUUCGCCUUCAUUGUCUGUUCAUUUUGAGAUCGAAGCAUCGAGUGAAUAUGAUCGAUUGGGGACUACUACAGAAGCUACGUCGUCCUCUACACUUUCUUGAAAUGCAAAGAGAUUGAUCGAGGGGAAGAUAUAUGGUUAGAAACCAAGGGUUCUGUUCAUUUUGGAUAUAAAUACUCGAUAAUAUAAAAAAUAAUAUUUAUAAAAUAUAAUAUUUUAUAUUAAAUUGUAAUUUUUCUUUUGAAUAAAUUUUAUAUUAUAUGUUGUGUAAGUAUGUAUAUAUUGUCUCUCUUUUAUAAUAUUUAUCAAAUAAUCGUGUCACUAAGAAAUUGUUUGAAU